AGAGCAGGAUGGAGAAAAAGAUCAUACAACCAAAUCUCAACAUAAGCAAGAACCACCAAAUUUGUAUGUAUCCAAAACACCCACGGAAGCCAGAGGUCACACUAGCUAUUUGACCUUUGCUACAUUUUUACCAAUUUUAGAUGA